UUCCAACGUUUCCGCAAUAGUUUUAAAGUUCAAUAAAGAGUACACCAUUGCAAUUUCUCGUUUACGCUAAAAUGUUGCCUGUCAAUACGUACUUCUCCUAGACUCUUGAACGAUUUGAUUUCAUAAUAGUACUGUUUUCACCUAUCAUUUAGCUUAACCUUGAACGAACGCAGCGGGUCUAGGUGACCGUCCAUCAAAAACCCUGAUUUAGCACAGGUAAACCAUACACAUGUGCAGCUGGAUUUUUAACACCACGAGAAAGUGUAUUACACAAGCGUUGCACAAGUUUGAUAACAACAUCAGCAAUUUAACGUGCAAAUCUGAAGAACUCCGAUGUUUUAGCAGGACGCUAAUCAUCGCCAACGAAGGUAUACGAGAAAGACAUCCGAAUUUACAACAAGAGUACGAAUGGAAUUCUCGAAGUUUCAUCAUGGUAUAUGCUUGCUAGUUUUGAUUAUAGCUGGCAAUCGGCAAGCUUACUCACAAUGUGCCGGAACACAUUUGACCCUUGCUGCUACUUCCGGUUCCUAUGCUAUGGGGGAAAUGACGUAUCCAGUCAGUGGCUCCUACGGCGAGUCACUCGACUGUGCUUGGCUGAUUGAGUCGUCCAUGCCUGCCUCUCAUAGUCUGCUAUUCCACGUCAGCAUCUCGACCAUAGCAACCGGCGACUUUCUGCGUAUUUACGACGGAACAAGUACGUCGGGUACCACCCUAUUCACCGCCACGGCAUCGACUGGCCAGACGGUUUCUGAAGUAGCCACUUCCGGUAAUGCCUACAUCCGGUUCACGUCUGACGGCACAGUUGGCACGGCGGGUCAACAGGGAUUCCGAAUCCGAUACAUGUCUGCUUCAACGAAUGAUUACGGUUGUACAGCGGCCUCUCUGACUGCGACAGAUUCCGUAAAAUACCUGACGAGUCAAAACUUUCCGGCUAAGUAUCCGACCUCCACCAGUUGUUCGUGGACAAUAAGUGCCCAGGGAGACUGUGGCACGCUAGUACUGGACACUAUCUAUCUGAGCGUGGAAGGAUGUGAUUCCGACUUCCUCACUCUUACAUACGAUGACAAUCCGACCGAAAAGCUGUGUGUUCAAAAUGAUUGGUACUCCACAAAGGACUAUGCUACCAGCAAUACGUCAGCCAUUGUCACUAUGACGUCAGACAGUAGUGACGAAUGGAAUGGAUUCGUUAUGGCAUACAGCAGGAACGGAGCUGGAUGCACCUCCGUGUCAGCAAGCUCCGUGGCAACAGAGUCUGGUAGUCUACUCCCGCUCGUCUCGCUGAUAACAGUUCCUAUAAUAGCGAUGGCAGUGGCAGCUGGUUUGCGGAAGGCAGGUGCAAUCAAAGCUUCAAAAGUACGAUCGAUUUAAACUGUGUCGCUAGCAGAUAAACCGGAAGUGAAAACCGAUGAAGAUGCAGAUGAUCAGAAAAACAUAACAAACGAUAGAAAGGAAAAUGUAGAGGACGAAUGCAUAGAUGAAGAGUAGCAUUACUGAGUAGAAAAAUGAUAGUGGCGCCUCGUAAGAGGCGACUUAAUUUGGGAUCUUAUCUUUUCUCUUCUUU